AUGGAGGAAGUACCGGAACAAGAGCUGCCAGCCGCCUACGAAUGGUUUGCCGAUCAAAUCGCUGGUCAUCACCCAUCUGUAAUCAAAAAUGGUAAAAGGGAAAUAGGUCUUUUAAAGAAACGUGGUAGUGACAAAAUUUUGAAGCCGAAGCAGGAGGCGUUCCGAGGAGAGUGUGAGGUAAUCUUUUCUUUUCAACUUUCUGGUAGUUUUUCUGUGCCUCCGUGCCUCAAAGCUCCCAUUUUAGAUGUCGAUUUUCUCAUACUGGAAGACGUGACAUCUACGUACACUCUGCCAGCAAUUCUAGACGUUAAAAUGGGCAGAAUCACGUUUGAUCCCUUAGCAAACGCCGCCAAGCGAGAAAAGGAAGAACGUAAAUAUCCACCACAAACAGUUCUAGGAUUCAGGCUUCUCGGAUACAGGGUAAGGAACACGAAUGGGAAAAUCGUUGUCAAAGAUAAAGAAUGGGGAAAAAGCUUCGAUGAACACAACAUUCUUGAUGGUCUUCUCGAAUUCUUUUCUGGACGAGGAACCGAUCCAACAUUGAUAUCAGAAGCGUUGUCCAAAUUAAAUUAUGUGCGGGAGUGGUUCGCCAAGCAAACAUCAUUUCACUUUUAUGCAUCAUCACUUCUAUUCGUGUAUGAAAACGAUCUACAGAAACCACCAAAUGUUCAUUUGGUAAUGAUAGAUUUUUCCCAUGUAUUCCCAUCGAAUAAUCAAUUGGAUACUAAUUAUAUCGCUGGUCUUAAUGUGCUACAUUCCAAGAUGGAGAUUAUUUUGAAGAAAUUUACAUCUACAUCAGCAUCUCAAGCCUCGACACAUUGA